CCUUAACUUCUCCUUCAACAUUUACUUAUACUUUCCCUUAUCUUUCUCGUUCUUCAUUUAUUAAGUCUAACCUUACUGAUCGGAUUUUCGAUUUAGUAUCUUUCUCAUUUGUAGUGCUGAUUGCUAAAUUCGUUCAGAGCCAUGGCUCUGUCUGCUUCUGACGUUCCUACGAUGUAUACUUUGCUUGCCAAUUCGUUGAGUGGAGACGAAGCCUUGCGUAAACCAGCAGAGGCUGCUCUUUCUGAGUCUGAAAGCAGGCCUGGCUUUUGUUCUUGCCUUAUGGAAGUGAUUACUGCAAAGGAUCUAGCUUCUCAGGCAGAUGUACGUCUUAUGGCUUCAGUUUACUUCAAGAACAGCAUCAGUCGGUAUUGGAGAAGUAGGCGUGAUUCACUAGGAAUAAGCAAUGAGGAGAAAAUACAUUUGAGACAGAAACUACUUUCACAUUUGAGAGAAGAGAAUUAUCAGAUAGCUCUCCAGUUGGCUGUUAUCAUCUCGAAAAUUGCUCGUAUCGAUUAUCCUAAAGAAUGGCCAGAGCUUUUUUCUGCUUUGGCACGACAACUUCAAUCGGCAGAUGUCCUUACGUCUCAUAGAAUUUUCAUGGUCCUCUUUCGAACCUUGAAGGAGUUGGCAUCAAAACGUCUUAAUUCAGAUCAGAGGAACUUUGCGGAGAUUUCCUCUCAUUUAUUUGAAUAUAGUUGGCACCUUUGGCAGAGUGAUAUGCAGACCAUAUUGCAUGGUUUUUCUGCACUUGCCCAAAGUUCAACUGUAGUUGCUUCGGUAGACCAUCAAGAUGAUCUAUAUUUAACUUGUGAGAGAUGGCUGUUAUGUUCGAAGAUAAUAAGACAACUGAUUAUUUCAGGGUUUCGGAGUGAUGCAAAAUCAUUUCAGGAGGUUCGGCCAGUCAAGGAAGUUUCCCCAGUGCUCUUGAACGCUGUUCAGUCAUUUCUUCUUUACUAUUCAUCUUUCCCAGUGGAUAGUAAAGUUUGGGACUUCACAAAGAGGGCAUGUACUAAAUUGAUGAAAAUUUUAGUUACAAUACAGGGAAGACAUCCUUAUUCCUUUGGUGAUAAACAAGUUCUGCCAUCUAUCAUGGGCUUCUGUUUGAGUCAGAUUACAAAUCCUGAGCCAGCAAUAGAACCUUUUGAACAGUUCCUUAUUCAAUGCAUGGUCAUGGUUAAGUCAAUAUUGGAGUGUAAAGAAUACAAACCAAGUCUUACUGGGCGUGUGAUGAAUGAAAAUGGGGUCACAUUAGAGCAGAUGAAGAAAAACAUUUCUAGUGUUGUUGGUGACAUCAUUAACUCUCUUCUGUCCAGAGAACGUGUAGUACUGUUGUGCAACAUAUUGAUUAGAAGGUAUUUUGUUUUGUCAGAAGGUGAUUUGAAAGAGUGGUAUGAAAACCCAGAGUCUUUUCAUCAUGAGCAGGAUAUGGUUCAAUGGACAGAAAAACUGAGGCCAUGUGCAGAAGCUCUGUAUAUUGUUUUGUUUGAAAACUAUAGUCAAUUGUUAGGUCCUGUGGUUGUUUCCAUUCUUCAAGAAGCAAUGAGUGGCUCCUCAGCUUCAGAAACUGAAAUUAGUCCAGCUAUGCUUCUUAAAGAUGCUGCUUAUGGUGCUGCUGGACAUGUUUAUUAUGAGCUUUCGAAUUACCUGAACUUCAAAGACUGGUUCAAUGGGGCUUUGUCCCUCGAACUCACUAAUGACCAUCCAAAUAUGCGCAUUAUUCAUCGUAAAGUUGCCUUAAUUCUUGGGCAGUGGGUUUCUGAGAUAAAAGAUGAUACAAAAAGAUCAGUGUAUUGUGCUUUAAUCAAAUUGCUUCAGGACAAAGACUUAGCAGUUAGGCUGGCAGCAUGCCGGUCUCUGAGUUUCCUUAUUGAAGAUGCAAAUUUCUCUGAACAAAAUUUUACAGAUCUUCUUCCAACAUGUUGGGAUUUAUGCUUCAAGUUGGUUGAGGAAGUUCAGGAAUUUGAUUCAAAGGUCCAGGUUUUAAAUUUGAUUUCUGUGCUUAUUACACAUGUUAGUGGAGUCAUUCCAUUUGCAAACAAGUUGGUGGAAUUAUUCCAGAAGGUCUGGGAUGAAUCUACUGGUGAAAGCCUAUUACAGAUCCAACUUCUUAUUACCCUACGGAACUUUAUGGUUGCCCUUGGUCAUCAGUCACCCAUUUGCUAUAACAUGCUGCUUCCCAUUCUACAAAGGGGUAUCGAUAUCAACAGCCCCGAUGAACUCAACCUUCUGGAGGAUAGUGUGCUGCUAUGGGAAGCAACACUUUCGCAAGCUCCAUCCUUGGUGCCUCAGUUAUUAGGAUUCUUUCCAUAUCUAGUGGAAAUCAUGGAACGAAGCUUUGAUCACUUGCAGGUUGCCGUUAGUAUCAUGGAGAGCUACAUAAUUUUGGGUGGAGCAGAGUUCCUGAAUAUUCAUGCUUCAAGUGUGGCCAAACUCUUUGAGUUGAUCCUUGAAAAUGUCAAUGAUAGAGGGCUGCUCUCGACACUUCCUAUUAUUGAACUUCUAAUACAGUGUUUUCCUAUGGAGGCCCCUCCUUUGAUCAGCAGUAGUCUUCAGAAAUUAAUUCUAAUGUGCUUGAGUGGAGGAGAUGAUCAUGAUCCUACUAAGACAGCUGUUAAGGCAUCCUCUGCAGCCGUUCUAGCAAGGAUUUUGGUAACGAACACCAAUUUUUUGGCCCAUUUGACAUCAGAACCAUCACUUUCCACAGCACUCCAACAGGCAGGCAUCUCAAUUGAGGAAAACUUACUUCUUUGUUUGGUUGAUAUAUGGCUUGACAAGGUUGACAAUGUAACAUCCAUCCAGAGGAAGGCCUUUGGCUUAGCUCUUUCUAUUAUUUUGACCUUGAGAUUACCUCAAGUCCUUGAUAAACUUGAUCAGAUCCUUAGUGUCUGUACAACUGUGAUAUUGGGUGGAAGUGAAGACUUAAAUGAGGAAUCCAGUGGUGAUAACAGCUCUAGUGGGUCCCACAGCGAGGGCGCUGUUCCAAGUAAAGAGUUCAGAAGGAGACAAAUCAAAGCUUCAGAUCCUAUCAAACAGUUAUCAUUGCAGACUUUGGUGAGAGAUAACCUUCAAAUGUGUGCUGCUCUUCAUGGGGACUCAUCUUUUAAUGCAGCUAUCAGCAGAAUGCAUCCUGCUGCUUUUGCACAAUUACAGCAAGCACUGAAGAUGCCAUAGCCAAGCAUUAUAUUCUUGACAAUUUGGUCAUUCUGUUUCUGCAGGAGUUACAAUUGUUCAGUUUUCAUCAUAAAUUUGCAUUUUGCUUCAUGGAGCAUGGAUGAUCUUGUAGCUUUCCAAAAAACUUCCCUUACAUUGAUUUGUUAUG